AUGAGAUUCCUGUCACUGAAACUCGUUAAAAAUUCCGAGGUAAGACUGACGGAACACUCCAAGCCAGUCCAGGCCAAACUGACGGGACACUCCGAGCCGGUCCAAGUCAAACUGACGGACCACGACAAGACAGAGAACGGACGCCUGGACCGGGAAAACCAACGUCUGACAUGUGAGAUUCUGAGGUUGACCAAACGCAACGCACAACUCAAAGACAAACUUGUCAAACUGACCGAAAAUGAGUCAAACGGGUCAGGCGACGAGUCGUCGGACAUGGAAGAAGAGUUGAUGGACCCGGGAAGCGAACCUCCCAGACGGACAAUGGGAGGCAAGAGUCCCAGAAAGACAAUAGGGGGCAAGGGUCCCGCAAAGAAGGUAACCGGUGGUAUGAUCAAUGUCGUGCCUGAGGCUCCCGCAACGCCAGCCACGUUUAUGCGCCAACUGUGGCGCCGUUGA